AGGGACCAAGUAGGAACCAUUGUCUCACACCAGUCAGUCAAGCUUGGAGGCAGUAUGUCUGUUUUAGAAGGCCUGGUCUUUGUCCAGACUCCUGGUUGUGUCCUCAUAUGGACAGUUCUACUGCUGCUACUCCUCUAUUUCCUCUCCUCCAGGCAGGGUUUCCAUGUCCACCACAAGGAGCCUCCAGGACCCAGAGGACUUCCUCUUCUUGGAAACCUGCUGCAGUUGGAUCUGAACAGGCCACACAACACCCUGAUAGAGUUCUCCAAGACAUAUGGAUCGGUGUUCACAGUUUAUUUUGGACCCAAGAAAGCGGUUGUCCUGGCCGGUUACAAAACAGUCAAACAGGCUCUGGUGGACCAUGCCGAUGAAUUUGGAGACAGAUACAUAAGCUGUGUUUCUGAAGACAUCAACCACCAACAUGGGAUUUUAGCUUCAAAUGGAGAUAAUUGGAAAGAGAUGAGGCGCUUUGCCCUGUCUAACCUCAGAAAUUAUGGGAUGGGCAAGAGAACAGCAGAGGAUAAAAUCCUAGAAGAAUGCCACUAUUUGAUAGAGGUGUUUGAGAAUCACAAAGGUCAGCCAUUUGACACAUCAAAACCGAUGAACCUGGCUGUUUCCAAUAUAAUCUCAUCUAUUGUGUUUGGUAGCAGAUUUGAAUACAGCGACCCACAGUUUAAGAAAAUGGUGAAAAGAUCAAAUGAGUCUAUGCGCAUUAUGGGCACUGCCUCAAUGCAGUUGUACAACUGUUUUCCCUGGAUGGGAAGAUGGACUAAGAAUCGCAAACUCCUGAAGAAUAAUUUUGAAGUUCAGUACAAUCAUUUCAGGGGCUUAAUCCGUCAACUGAAAAUCUCCCUGAACCCAGAGAUGUGCAGGUGUCUCAUUGACUCAUUUCUGAUCCGUAAACAGAAGGAUGAGGACUCCUGUGUAACAGACCCUCUCUACCAUGAGAUGAAUCUGAUUACUGUAGUCGGCAACCUUUUUGCUGCUGGUACUGAUACCACAGGAGCAUCACUUAGAUGGGCUCUGCUUUUCAUGGCCAAGUAUCCACAAAUUCAGGCUCAGGUCCAGGAGGAGCUGAGAAGGGAGACAGGGAGUCGUCAGGUCAGGGUCGAGGACAGGAAGAAGCUGCCCUUCACUGAUGCCGUCAUCCAUGAGACCCAGAGACUGGCUAGCAUUCUCCCUGUGGCCCUUCCUCAUGUCACAACGCAAGAUGUCAACUUCCAGGGAUUCUUCAUCAGAAAGGGGACCACUGUGUAUCCACUACUGACAUCUGUCCUUCAUGAUGACAAUGAAUGGGAAACCCCAAGCACAUUCAACCCUGCACACUUCCUAGACAAGCAAGGGAGAUUUGUGAAGAGAGACGCAUUCAUGCCUUUUUCUGCUGGUCGCCGGGCGUGUCCGGGUGAGGGUCUGGCCAGGAUGGAGCUCUUCCUCUUCUUCACCUCCCUCCUUCAACGCUUCAGAUUCACUCCUCCACCCGGGGUGACGGAGGAGGAGCUGGAUCUGACCCCAGCAGUGGGCUUCACCCUCAAUCCGUCACUCCACCAGUUGUGUGCUGUCAGUUAUGUCUAACCUCUUGUGGCAUUACCAUGCUUGUUGGAUGAAAUUGGAAAUAAUUGUAUGCAGGUGUUUUUGCUGUUUUUGUAGUUCAUAAUUUGCUUUGUGUGUCUGAGGAACAGUUACUAUACAUAGACAUGAAAAUGUAUUUUUAAAGAAGAAUUUAAUUUAAAUCUAGAUGGAAUUUAUACUUAAAAAUCCUAAAAAAUCCUUACUUGCUUAAUUACCCUUACUGGAUAUCUAAUGACAAAAUGCUGGAUUUAAAAAAGUAAGAUUAAUCUUUAUAUAAUCUUUUUAUAUUAUUAUUAUUAUUAAUCUUUUUAAUCUUAAUAUAAGAACAAAUUUCUCAUUCCAGAAAUAAGAAGC